AUUCUCUAUAGUUUUAUACAUAAAAAAUACUUAGUCUCCACCACUUACACAGAUCAUUUUCUUCUCCAACACAAAGCUUUCUUCUUCCAUAGCAUCCGAAUCGUCGCAUCUUAAACCUCCUAAACAGGUAUGCUUGUAACUUUUGUUUCUUACCAGAACUAAAUUCACUUUGUUAAUUUGUGAUUAGAUUCUCUGUUUCUUUCCGGUUACUAAUCUUGAUCAGGGACAAGAAUUUGUUUUUGUGUCGGAGACUAGGAAUAUAACAAGGAUUUUUGCGUUUUCUUGUGUAACAAUUUUUAGGGUUUAUUAGGGUUCUUGAUUUCAUCAAUGGGUUCUUACUCAGCUGGCUUCCCUGGAUCCUUGGACUGGUUUGAUUUUCCCGGUUUAGGAAACGGAUCCUAUCUAAAUGAUCAACCUUUGUUAGAUAUUGGAUCUGUUCCUCCUCCUCUAGACCCAUAUCCUCAACAGAAUCUUGCUUCUGCGGAUGCUGAUUUCUCUGAUUCUGUUUUGAAGUACAUAAGCCAAGUUCUUAUGGAAGAGGACAUGGAAGAUAAGCCUUGUAUGUUUCAUGAUGCUUUAUCUCUUCAAGCAGCUGAGAAGUCUCUCUAUGAAGCUCUCGGCGAGAAGUACCCGGUUGAUGAUUCUGAUCAGCCUCUGACUACUACUACUAGCCUUGCUCAAUUGACACCGAUCCCGAGUAACUUCAUUUUUCAGUCUACAUCUACUAGAGCCAGUAGCGGUAACGCGGUUUUCGGGUCAAGUUUUAGCGGUGAUUUGGUUUCUAAUAUGUUUAAUGAUACUGACUUGGCGUUACAAUUCAAGAAAGGGAUGGAGGAAGCUAGUAAAUUCCUUCCUAAGAGCUCUCAGUUGGUUAUAGAUAACUCUGUUCCUAACAGAUUAACCGGAAAGAAGAGCCAUUGGCGCGAAGAAGAACAUUUGACUGAAGAAAGAAGUAAGAAACAAUCUGCUAUUUAUGUUGAUGAAACUGAUGAGCUUACUGAUAUGUUUGACAAUAUUCUGAUAUUUGGCGAGGCUAAGGAACAACCUGUAUGCAUUCUUAACGAGAGUUUCCCUAAGGAACCUGCGAAAGCUUCAACGUUUAGUAAGAGUCCUAAAGGCGAAAAACCGGAAGCUAGUGGUAACAGUUAUACAAAAGAGACACCUGAUUUGAGGACAAUGCUGGUUUCUUGUGCUCAAGCUGUUUCGAUUAACGAUCGUAGAACUGCUGACGAGCUGUUAAGUCGGAUAAGGCAACAUUCUUCAUCUUACGGCGAUGGAACAGAGAGAUUGGCUCAUUAUUUUGCUAACAGUCUUGAAGCACGUUUGGCUGGGAUAGGUACACAGGUUUAUACUGCCUUGUCUUCCAAGAAAACAUCUACUUCUGACAUGUUGAAAGCUUAUCAGACAUAUAUAUCAGUCUGUCCGUUCAAGAAAAUCGCAAUCAUAUUCGCCAACCAUAGUAUUAUGCGGUUGGCUUCAAGUGCUAAUGCCAAAACCAUCCACAUCAUAGAUUUUGGAAUAUCUGAUGGUUUCCAGUGGCCUUCUCUGAUUCAUCGACUUGCUUGGAGACGUGGUUCAUCUUGUAAGCUUCGGAUAACCGGUAUAGAGUUGCCUCAACGUGGUUUUAGACCAGCCGAGGGAGUUAUUGAGACUGGUCGUCGCUUGGCUAAGUAUUGUCAGAAGUUCAAUAUUCCGUUUGAGUACAAUGCGAUUGCGCAGAAAUGGGAAUCAAUCAAGUUGGAGGACUUGAAGCUAAAAGAAGGCGAGUUUGUUGCGGUAAACUCUUUAUUUCGGUUUAGGAAUCUUCUAGAUGAGACGGUGGCAGUGCAUAGCCCGAGAGAUACGGUUUUGAAGCUGAUAAGGAAGAUAAAGCCAGACGUGUUCAUCCCCGGGAUCCUCAGCGGAUCCUACAACGCGCCUUUCUUUGUCACGAGGUUUAGAGAAGUUCUGUUUCAUUACUCAUCUCUGUUUGACAUGUGUGACACGAAUCUAACACGGGAAGAUCCAAUGAGGGUUAUGUUUGAGAAAGAGUUCUAUGGGCGGGAGAUCAUGAACGUGGUGGCGUGUGAGGGGACGGAGAGAGUGGAGAGGCCAGAGAGUUAUAAGCAGUGGCAGGCGAGGGCGAUGAGAGCCGGGUUUAGACAGAUUCCGCUGGAGAAGGAACUAGUUCAGAAACUGAAGUUGAUGGUGGAAAGUGGAUACAAACCCAAAGAGUUUGAUGUUGAUCAAGAUUGUCACUGGUUGCUUCAGGGCUGGAAAGGUAGAAUUGUAUACGGUUCAUCUAUUUGGGUUCCUUUGUAGACAGUUUGUUCUCUUGCAUCCCAAGGAAUGAUUUUAUAUAGGGUUUUUCUGUUGAUAGUUUCAUUGUUCAGGUUUCUUGUCUUCUUGACGGGGUUUCUAAGUUAGGGUUACUACUUAGGCAUGAUGCCAUGAUCUAAAAAAAAAAAACUAUUUUACUUUCAACAUUUUAACUUUUUAAUGUUUAUGGAAAAUGUUGGAUAAUGGUUACACUACGUUACCAUUUGGAUAAUUUACCAUUUGGUAAAUUACUCUAUGUUACUUAGUUGCAACAUGUAACGUAAGUAGCAAAAGCAUAGAUAAGUGAAUUUUUGUUUUAUAACUAUUUUGUUGAAUAACAUAUCGUUG